AUGUCCAAAGCAAAACGAGAAGUAGUUCUUGAUGUUAAUGAUUUAUCCGAAAUGGGUACUUCUCUGGAAGAAGAAAAUGAUGCACCACCAAAACAAUUACCAAAGCCAUUAGCUGAAUUGAAAGAAUAUGUUGAUUCUAAAUUCUGCUACUAUUCACAACCUGUAGGAGAAUCUGAAAUCAUCAGUGUUGAGCCAAAGAUUGCUUAUCAGUGUUCUAUGAAAAUACUUGUAGAAUCAAGAAAGUUACGUAUGAAAACACAACCGUAUCCAUGGAAAACUGAAAGGGUUUUGGGAAGCCGUGCACUGGGUCGCCUUACCGAGGACACGGAAAUAACUGGCGAAGCCAUCGGAAAUCUAUGGACUGAUUAUUCUGUCCCUGUGCCGUCCACUGAUAAAUCUAAACAAGUUUUUGCUUUAUCUGAAAGUACAAGCUACAGCAGAUGUAGUAAUUGUCGAGCAAAAUGCAUUGUUUCAUGUUCAUCCUGUAGUGGUAGCGGUGGAAAUUCUUCGUAUGGUGAUAAUGACUUAAAAUGCACUGGUUGUAAAGGUUCAGGUAAAAUGAGGUGCCCUAAAUGCCGUGGUAAUGGAGGAUUUCGCCAUGUGCCAACAUUGACAGUUAAAUGGUUUACAUGUCAAACUUUAUGGUUUUAUCAAAAUUCCUUUUUACAUGAGAAAAAAAUUCGUAAGGGAGAACGAACAUGUAUUUGGUCGGUAAAUCACAUUCCGUGGUCAAAAUCAUCAUCAAUAGAAGCAUGUAUUCAGACAAUACAUGACGACACUCCGGAUAUUCCUUUAAAAGCAAAUAUUAUCAGAGAUUAUUAUGAAAAACAAUUUAAUCCAAUGCAAUAUAAAGAUAAUGAAAUGCGACGAUUAGAUUUUUCUGUAGAACGAAUGAAUUUUGAAGAAGUUUGUUAUACAAUGGGAGAAAGUCAUGUCAAUAAACGAGAGCCAACAUUAGACAACACUUUUCGAUUCUGUCGAUAUCCUGUGUUUGGUGAACAAACUGCUAUCUACGAAAAUGAUUAUCCAUACAACUGUUGUGGCUGUUUUGGAGGAAAAACAGCCUGGUAUGCACCCUGUUGUACAAUUCUAUAA